GUAGACCGUUAUCACAACUUCAAACGAUCUGAAAGGAGCCACUGGUUUUGCAGCUCUGUUUUGUCUGAAGAAACAAGAAGAUGCCCACUUUGAAUCUCUUCACGAACAUACCAGUCGACGCCGUCACAUGCUCCGACAUCCUCAAGGAUGCUACUAAGGCCGUCGCUAAGAUAAUCGGCAAACCUGAAUCCUAUGUGAUGAUACUGCUUAACAGCGGAGUGCCCAUUGCAUUUGCUGGUACCGAGGAACCUGCUGCUUAUGGAGAACUGAUAUCUAUUGGGGGGUUAGGAGCAGGUGUGAAUGGGAAGCUCAGCGAGACGAUAGCUGAGAUUCUCCAAAUUAAGCUCUCCAUAGAUAGCUCCCGCUUCUAUAUCAAAUUCUAUGAUUCCCCACGACCCUUCUUUGGAUUCAACGGAUCAACUUUCUGAACACACAGGAUUCAAACCUUGGCAAAGAGGCAGAGAAUUCAACUUCCUAAUGAAAUUAGGAUGAAGAUUGUUUGCAUCUUUUGAGUUCAGAAGCUGUAGAUUCUUGAGCUUGAUUAAUAAUAUUAUACUUCCCUUAAAAGCUAAUCUAAUCUCUUCAUGUUUAUAGUUCA